AUGGAUAAAUCAUGGAUGCAUGCUGAUAGAAGAUCGCGAACCUUUGAGCUAGGUGUUGAAGAAAUGCUUAUGUUUGCAUUAGAGAAUGGUUGUGAUGUUAAUAGAUUAUGUUGUCCUUGUAUGAACUGUGCGCACAGCAAACAUUGGAAGGCUAGUGUAGUCAAAGAUCAUUUAGUGGAGUUUGGGAUUGAUAAAACUUAUACAAAAUGGAUAUGGCAUGGGGAAAAAUCAGAAAGUGAAUGGCAUUCUGAAACUGUAGAGAAGGAACAGAAUGACAUAGGUAUAGGGGGGUCUGAUGAUGAAGAGUUUUCAGAAGACUCUAAUGAGUUUUUAAGGUUUGUCGAAGAUGGCGAUAAACCUCUUUACCCUGGUUGUACCCGUUUUACCAAGUUGAAUGGACUUGUUAAAACUUAUAAUCUGAAAGCAAAGCAUGGGUUGAGUGAUGCUUGCUAUUCAGACAUGUUAAUACUAAUUGGAAUCUUGCUUCCAGAAGGUAAUGAAGUACCAGGUUCUUUUUAUGAGGCCAAAAAGACGUUGUGUGCGUUAGGGAUGGAUUACGAAAAGAUACAUGCAUGCCCUAAUGACUGCAUAUUAUAUAGGGAUAAUCAUAUGGAUGCGGCAAGCUGCCCUGUUUGUGGUAUAUCUAGGUGGAAGAAGGGAAAGAAUAAUGUAGAGAAAGUAGGGGUUCCAGGUAAGGUGUUGUGGUAUUUUCCACCUAUACCUAGGUUUCGGAAGAUGUUUCAGUCGACACAAACAGCUAAAGCCUUGACUUGGCAUGCUGAUGAGCGAGUGAAGGAUGAUAAAAUGAGGCAUCCGGCUGAUUCCCCUAGUUGGAAGUUAGUGGAUGAUAAGUGGCCUGCUUUUAGGUCAGAGCCUAGGAAUCUAAGGCUAGCGCUAUCCUCUGACGGUUUCAAUCCCCACAGUUCUCUUUCUAGUAGAUACUCUUGCUGGCCUGUCAUAUUAGUGAGCUACAAUCUUCCUCCAUGGCUUUGCAUGAAGAGGAAGUAUAUGAUGCUCACUUUGUUAAUCUCGGGACCUAAACAACCUGGAAAUGACAUUGAUGUCUACCUCCAGCCAUUGAUAGAUGAUUUGAAAAUUUUGUGGGAAGGGGUUGAAGAGGUAUAUGACUGUUAUAGGAAAGAGUACUUUAAACUGAGAGCAGUACUCUUCUGGACGAUCAAUGACUUCCCUGCUUAUGGGAACCUGUCAGGCAACAUUGUGAAAGGAUACAAUGCGUGUCCUAUUUGUCUUGAGCAUACCAAACCUCAUAGGCUGGGUCAUGGUAAGAAGAUGUCGUAUCAGCGGCAUCGAAGAUUCUUACCACAUCACCAUCCUUAUCGAAGACAGGCAACAGCUUUUGAUAACACUGAAGAAGUUGACCCCGCUCCUGUUCCAUUAAGUGGAGAGGAGGUGUUGAAAAGAGUAGAAGGUUUAACCCGACCUUUUGGUAAAAACCACACUCAUCCUCCAUAUAAGGGUGUUGAAGAUCAGAACAGACCUUGCUGGAAGAAGAAAUCAGUUUUUUUCCAACUUGAGUACUGGAAGUUUCUUCCAGUUCGACAUAAUCUUGAUGUCAUGCACAUCGAGAAGAAUGUGUGCGAAGCAAUAAUUGGUACAUUGCUGAACAUUCCUGGAAAAACAAAAGAUGGGGUGGCUGCUCGAUUAGAUAUGGUGGCAAUGGGUAUAAGGACUGGUUUGAAGCCUGAAACAGGCAGAAAAAAGCAGAAGUUACCCUUGGCAAGCUGGAAUCUGAUGUUAGAAGAAAAAAAAAUAGUUUGCACUUCUUUUUUCGGAAUGAAGCUAGCUGACCGAUUGUGUUCACAAGUGAGGAGUUUAGUGUCUAUGGAUGAUCUUCGGCUUAUUGGCAUGAAAUCGCAUGAUUGCCAUAUAGUGCUCCAUGACUUACUCCCCAUUGCAAUUCGCUCUGUAUUAAAUAAACCUGUUAGGUAUGCCAUCAUCAGAUUCUGUCUUUUCUUCAAGGGGAUUUGCAGUAAAGUCAUCGAUGUUGAGAAGCUAAAAAAAAUGCAAGCUGACCUUAUUGAAACAGUUUGUGAGCUUGAAAAAUUCUUCCCACCUUCCUUCUUCGAUAUUAUGAUUCAUCUUUCGGUCCAUCUUGUUAGAGAAGUUGAGCUCUACGGGCCCGUUUUCUUUAGAUGGAUGUAUCCAUUUGAAAGGUACAUGAAGACUUUGAAGGGUUAUGUUAGAAACCGUACAUUUCCAGAAGGUUGCAUUGCUGAGGCAUACAUCGCUGAAGAAGCAGUGGAGUUUUUGGCAGAACGUCAUCUAGAAGGAGCUACUGUUGGACUACCAACAAGCGGCACCUUUGAGGAUUCAUGCAGACCUUUAUCAGGCGCCACAAUGAUUAAUCCUGGUCAGAAGGAGUUCCAGCUAGCACAUCUGUGUGUGUUGCAGAAUACGGAUGAAGCAAGGCCGUAUUUUGAGUAA